AUGAAUUUUCCAUAUGCAACAUCUUCACCUUAUAUUCAAGCGGCAAUGUCCCAAGCCGUUCAAGCAAUGAUGAAUGGUACACCAUUACCUCCAAAUUGUCUUGUUAUGGCAGUACCCUAUCAACAAGCUCAUCAAAUGUUACCACAGAUGAGGAUGAAUCCUGGAAUGGCUCCUAAUGAUGCAAUGAUGUAUGCUCAACAAGCACCAUUUUAUGGUGCUUCACCAUAUAGAAAUACUCCUCCAGCGCGUGCUAUUUUACCACCACAAGUACAACAACCACCUAUCCAACAACAGCAGCAACAGCAGCAGCAGCAACAACAACAAAAUUAUAAUUAUCAAGUAGUUCCUUAUAAACAUAAUCAAAAAUCCAAACCAAAAAAUCGUCCACAACCUCAUUCAAAUAUUUAUAAUUCUUCUUCAUUUGAUUCCUACAUGCAUAAUUUAAGUUGGAGUCGAUUAUUUCAUCAUCAACCUUCGAGAAAAGGUUCGAAACCACAAAAUCGUGAUGAAACAUCAAUAAAUUCGGAUAAAAUAUCGGAUUUAUCAAAAAAAGAACGUUCAAAUUCUUCUUUAUCAUCAUCAUCAACAUCAUCAUCAACAUCAUCAACAACAAGCGACGAAACAAUUCGACGUGUCACCGUUACUAGUAGACCACCAUCCAAUUUAAAUAACAACAAACAACAAACAAAAGGUAGUUUACCAUUUAAAUAUUCAUCCGAAUUUAUACCAGGUAUAGGCAAACAACAAGUUCAACAACAAAUCAAGCCAAACGACGUCUUCAUUAUUAAAAAACCUUAA